UCUCCUGGUGGGGGAGCAGCCCGAGGAGGUGGCCGUGGGGUCAGGCUGGGCCCCCCACCCCAGGCACCAUGUUCUACAUGCAUCUGCUCAUCAGCAAGCGGGGGCCCCUGGCCAAAAUCUGGCUGGCUGCCCACUGGGAGAAGAAGCUCACCAAGGCUCACAUAUUUGAGUGCAAUUUGGAGGCAACAGUGGAGAAGAUCAUCUCACCAAAGUUCACAAUAGCUCUGAGGACCUCUGGGCACUUGCUCCUGGGAGUGGUGAGGAUUUACCACAGGAAAGCCAAGUACCUCUUGGCAGACUGCAGUGAAGCUCUGACUAAAAUGAAGACAGCCUUCUGCCCAGGUCUUGUUGACCUUCCAGAAGAGAAUUUUGAGGCUGCUUAUCAGUCUGUGACACUGCCAGAGGAGUUCCAUGAUUUUGAGGCACCACUCCCUGCUCUGAAUGCCAUCAAUGUGGUUGACCAUUUCACCUUGAAUCAGAGCAGAGCUGAAGACAUCACACUCCCAGAGGGCUUUGAGAGCAGCCUCAUCCUCUGUGGCAGGAACUUUGAUGAAGAGCCAGAGGCACUAAGGAAAAAGAGCUCCUUGGACUGCAGCACCUUCACCAGCAGCAACAGCCUGGUGGCUGAGCACUGCUCUCUGAGUGCCAAUGGAGAGAGGUCUGUGCUGCAGGAGGACACCUUUGGCCUUCAGCAGGACGGCUUUGGGGACGAGGAGGAUGCUGCUGAUAUGAUUGAACUCCUGCUGGGGGAUGAGCCAAGUGGCCUGGAGAACGACCUUCUGGAUGUGCAGGAAGACUUCCCUCUGCCACAAGAGCCAGCAGAGAACAGCAGCACCAUGUCCUCAGGUGGAGAGCUUAUUCCAGCUUGGUUGGCUUGGGUUUGUAAUGGGGAUCUGUCCCUGGGUUUUCUCACAGUGGAGCCCACUGGCACUGAUGGUCACCUGCUGAAGGAGACAGAGCUGCUGCUGAGAGAGGAGGAAGAGCUGCUGCUGAGAGAGGAGGAAGAGCUGCUGCUGAGAGAGGAGGAAGGCUUUGUGCUCCAGCCAGUUGCAGACACAGCUGCCCCCCAGAGGAAGAGAACCAAAAGGAAGAGGAAGCUGCUUGUGGAUGCAGUCAAGGAACUGAGCUGCACCACAAUCUACAACCAGCUGAAUGACUGCACAGACAUCCUCACGACCCUAGACCUGGCCCCCCCCUCCAAAAAGACCAUGAUGUGGAAGGAAUGGGGAGGUGUGGACAAGCUCCUGACCCAGCCUGGGCAGCCUAUGCUCCACAGCAAGCUGCAGAUGCUGUUUGAAAAGUGCUUCAAGAGUCCUGGCUUAAAGAUGAGAAGGAAGGAGAUGCAGGGGGAGCCUGGAGUGGAAGAGAGCAGGAAGGAGCAGGACACCACAGAGAUACUGAGUGCAGAAGAGCCAAGUUCCCAUGGGGACUCAGCUCAUCCAGACCCUGAGAGGUCAAUGAGGAAUGGUUUGGUGAUGAUGGCACAGCAUCACAGGAGUGAAGAUGAUGCCAACUGUGGAGAAAGCAGACAGGAGGCAAUGGUCUGCUCUGAGAGCUCCUCGCUGAUGCAUCUCUCCCUGGGCCAAGCAGCUGAAGCACAGCAAGAUGAGUCACCAACUGUAGGUGCUCAAGGCUCUGCCUUGCUGCAGCACAGAACUCUGCUGUCUCAGAAAGCUUUCACAGCACCUGGGCCAGGCUCUCAUUGUCCUGUGUCACUUUUGACACCUUCUGCUCUGUUGCUUCUGCAGGAGCUAAUGAGGCAUGGGAAGGAUGGUGAAGAAACAAGGUGGAGCAAAAGGACUCUCCAGCUGCUGAGAACUUUACAGCACCUGAGGAGCUCUGGUGCCUCUUCCUUCAGCUUCCAGGAGCUCUGCUGGAGGAGCAGCCGCAAAGAAGCCGCAGCCAAGUUCUCCCUGCUCCUGGUCCUGAAGAAGUGCUCGGUCAUCCAGCUGAGGCAGAGCUCUCCCUUUGCUGACAUCACAGUCACCCCUGGCCCCAUGUUUGAUGCUCACUGAAGCCAGGGCCAGAGAAGCUGAGAAAAAGAAACCUUUGACUCCAUUUUCCAGUUCCCUUUCCCC